AUGAUUGCAAAUCCGAAAUUAAAAGCUUACAAAUAUGACUCUUAUUCGAAAGAGUUUACUAAAGAAUAUUAUGAAGAUGAUGAAAUGAAAUUGAACCGUUACAAAGCAAUUCAAGAAGCUAAAAAUUGUAAAAAAUUUGGUGUUAUUAUGGGUACUUUGGGUAGACAAGGAAAUCCUAAAGUUGUUGAUUUUAUAAAAAGGAGAAUUGAGUAUCAUAAAAAAGAAUGUAUGGUGAUAUUAUUAUCAGAAAUAUUUCCAAAUAAAUUAAAUCUUUUUAAUGAAAUUGAAGCUUUCGUACAAAUUGCUUGUCCAAGAUUGUCCAUUGAUUGGGGAAAUGCUUUUCGUAGACCUUUAUUGAAUCCUUAUGAACUAGCGGUUGCUUUGGGUGAUACAAAGUGGUGUGUGGAAAAAGAAAAUGAUGCCUAUCCCAUGGAUUUUUAUGCUAAUGAUAGUUUAGGAAUGUGGACACCUAAUUAUAAGCCAAAAAACGAUUGUAUGAAUACCGAUAAAUGUUGUGGAAAAUGUACUAAGGGAUAA